AUGGCCGAUCCAAACCAGCAACGCGCAGUCAAUACAGCCUUCGCGCCACCGCCGCCCUUGUGGAAACACUUCACACGUGAGAACCUCGACAGGUUAAAAGAGAUCAAGACAGAGGCUUCGAAGGACGAGGAUGGGCGGCCCAAUCGCAACAAGCAGUGGUCACCAGCAGAACUACGCGCACUUGACUUGGCUCCCGAGCUUCGCUUUCUAGUACCGCCUGAUAUCCCCACGGGAGAAUACUCAGUAUUCGGCGAAUUGCAAACACUAUCAACCACCUUACCAUCACUACAAGAGCAGGGCAUCGAACAGCUUUACCCUGAACCAGCCACGAAUACCAUACAAGGCUCUUCCCAAUCGCCUCAACCGCUAAGCCAUGCCUACUACCUCCUCAAAAUCAGCAAAUCUCUCCUUCUCAACUUCCUGGAGACUGUCGGAAUCCUCUCAGUAUCGCCAGAACAAUUUGAGCCGAAGGUAGAAGACAUGCGCAAUCUAUUCAUCAAUGCACACCACCUUCUCAACUUGUAUCGCCCACACCAGGCCCGCGAAUCACUUAUCAUGAUGAUGGAGGAGCAACUGGAGCGAACCAGACAAGAAAUCAAACAGAUGGACAAGAUCAAGGCGGAUAUUGAGGGUGUCCUAGAUGACAUUCAGGCCGAGGGCAGCCGUAUUAGCUCGGCGGCUCAAUCGGCAGAUGCAAGCACUCUGGAGUCAGCUUCUCGCAAGGCCGAGGAGUCACGGAUGGUCUGGGACCUGCUUGAAAAGGAAAUCUAA